AUUUAGUUCACUUCACUUCACUUUUUUUUUUACUUUUUUUUGUGUUGAUAAAUAUUAUGGAUUAUGUUUCUUUCAUUACUUUCAACUAAUCUGUUUUUCCUCCUGACGACUUGAUGAAUUUUAAUCACUGAUUAAGAUAAUUAAUGGAAAUCCAUUGAUUAACUUUAUAUAUGUUAUUUUCUAUUUAAAUUAGAAAUUCUUUUUCUCUUCUCUAUCUGUUUUUCCUUUUUAUUAUCAUGUUGCUUUUUCUUUUCUUUCUACUGUUACUAUUAUACUUAUUAGUAAUUCCAUUUAUUGUGAAAUCUUGUUCUUUAUCAAUUAUCUCAUCAUUACCAUGGGAAAGAUUUACUUUCUUAUCAUCUUUAACCACCAGUGUUUGUCAUGCCAAUAGGAAUAAUUUAAUUGUUUUCUUCUUCAUUCUGGUCAAUGUUGUUUUACACCAACAAUUUACUAUUGUUACCUCAUUUAAUUUUGAUACUCGGAUACCUUUUAUCAAGGAAGGACCGGUCAAUUCAUAUUUUGGUUAUUCUGUAGCUCAACAUUUAAUUCAAAAAUACAACUCAUCUGAUUACGAACCAAUAAUACUAGUUGGUGCUCCAAGAGCUCAAACCGAUCAACCAGGUACAAAUAGAUCUGGUUAUGUUUUCUCAUGUAAAUCAUCAAGUAAGGUUGAUGAUUGUGUUCCACUUGAAAUUGACUUUAAACGAUCAUCAUUAGCUCCACCCACGUCCAGUGAAUUUAAAAACGAUCAAUGGUUAGGAGUCGUCGUUAAAAGUGGCGGCCUUGGUGGUCAUGCCUUGACUUGUGCUCAUCGUUAUGUCCUCAAAGGAUCGUCAGAUCAUCAUUGGGGCCAGGGAAUUUGUUAUUCUCUAACAAAUUACCUUGAUUAUCAUCGAGCUUGGGAGCCAUGUUUUAAUCGACCAGUGAAAGCAGCUCACGAAGAAUUUGGAUUCUGUCAGGCGGGAACAAGUGCCGAUAUCUCAUCGGCAAAUGACAUAAUAAUUGGUUCCCCAGGUCCGUAUACAUGGAGAGGAACAGUUUUCACAAAUUCAAUCAAGUUUGCUCUUCGUGACGAUAAAACUUGGUACAUGGGACCAGUUCAAGAAUCAACAUCAGUUGUGGAUAAAUACAGUUACUUGGGUAUGUCCGUUACAUCAGGUAAAUUUUUCGGCAACAAUUUAAGUUAUGUUGGUGGUGCUCCUCGAUCCAAUGGAACAGGUCAAGUUAUCUUUUACAGCAAACGAAAGUCAACUUUAUUUGCCGUUGAGCUUAUCCUAAAUGGUGAACAAUUUGCUUCAUCAUUUGGUUAUACAAUAUUGGCAAUGGAUCUUCAAAAUGACAAUAAAUCAGAUUUAAUUGUUGGAGCACCUUUCUAUUAUGAUGGAUCACGUUCAACUGAAGGAGCUGUUUACAUCUAUUACAAUACAGGAAAAGGAAUACAAUCAAAAUAUGAUGUUCGGUUAUUUGGUAAACAAGAUUCACGAUUUGGUUGGUCUUUAGCUGAUCUUGGUGAUAUAAACAAAGAUGGGUUCAAUGAUCUUGCCAUUGGUGCUCCUUAUGAUGAAGGUGGUGGAUCUGUUUACAUUUACUUGGGCUCACCUAACGGUAUUAAAACAAACGCUGUUCAAGUGAUUCGUGGUGAUGAUAUUAGCGCUUUUCCUAAAAUUGGUAGAAAUAUAAAGACAUUUGGUUACUCACUCUCAGGUUCCGCUGAUAUGGAUAAAAAUGGUUAUCCGGACUUACUUGUUGGUGCUUAUGAAAGUGAUGCGACAAUUUUGCUUCGAGCUCGUCCUAUUCUGAACAUCGCUACUCGAGUUGAAAAUAUAACCCAAAUUGAUCCAAAUCGUGAAGGUUGUAUCGGAGAUCCGACUUCUAAGCUACCUUGUUUCGAUGUAGAGCCUUGUUUCUUACUGAUGCCCUCAGGCCGAUCAACCAGUAAAAUUGUACUUCGCUACAUAAUCGAAGCUGAAAGUUUCCUCGACAAAAAACCAAUUGUACCUCGAGUUAAGUUCAAUUCUUCAGCCGAACUCGAUAGUCCUCACAUAGUAAAUAAAACAACGAUAAUUUCUGGUGAUCGUUUAGGCCGAUGGAAUUGUCUCAAAGAACUUGUUUAUAUCAAGGAUAAAUCUGACAUCCAUCGAUCGAUUCAAUUCCAAUUAACUUAUUCACUGGAGCAAGAUGAACCUCGUGGUAUCGUAACAAGUUACUCUUCGUCUUCAGAUAUCGAUAAAUAUCCAAUUCUAAAUCAAGAAGAAGCUCGAAAAGUAUUUCAAGCAUCAUUCCUUAAAGAAUGUCGCAACACUGAGCAAUGCCAAAGCAAUUUAAAUGUAAUUGCUAAAUUACUCCAUCCAUUGGAUACGCCUGGAUAUGAAGACAGAAUAUUAUAUUUGGGUUCAACCGAUGUUAAUCUUGAAUUAACCGUUAGAAAUACAAUGGAACCAGCUUAUGAUGCAAACAUUUAUAUCUAUCAUCCUUAUAUUACUUAUAUUGGUAAAGAUCAAGUGGAAGGUGAACAAAUUGAUUGUAAACCAUUCAAUAUAAGUCUAUUGGUUUGCUCGUUGGGUAAUCCUUUCAAACGAGGAGAGGUUAAAUUGAAUUUAAAAUUUGAUCCCAAAGAGAUAUCAGAUGUACAGAAUGAUAUUGAUUUAAGAGUCUUCGUAAAUACAUCGAGUGUUGAUUUAAGUCAAUCUAAAAACGAUGUAACCACUAAAUUGUUGAUUAUCCGUCGAGCUGAUCUGGAAAUUAAAGGUUCAUCUGAUCCUGCUGGAGUUUGGUUUGGUGGUGAUCCUGUUGGUGAGGCAGCUAUGAAAACCUCAGAUGACAUUGGAAGCAGAAUUGAACAUUCCUAUACGAUUAUUUCCGCUGGACCUUAUCAUCCAAAGGAAUUGACUGUUGAAGUUGAUUGGCCUUAUUCACUUUCCAGUGACCAUGAGGAAGGAAAAUGGCUUCUCUACUUAAUGAGUACCAUUGUUGUACAGGGUAAAGGGCAAUGUGUCCCAACAUUUGGUGCAGUUAAUCCUCUGAAAAUAAGGGAUACAGAAUCAAGUCCAAUUAAAAGUGAUUCUUUCACCAAAUCAAGACCAAAAAGACAAACCAUCGUUCCCGCUAAACGUAUCAUGGAAGAUGGUAAAAGUCAAAACGUAGUUAGUUUGGACUGCCAAAAAAAGACAGCUCGUUGUUAUAAAUUUUUAUGUUAUCUUCAGGAUCUCCGACCUGGAGUACCAUCAGUAAUUGUGUUCAUUGGAAGACUAUGGAAUUCAACUUUUGUUGAAGAUUAUGCUUCCGGAGUUAAUCAAGUCCAUAUAUAUUCAAGAGCUAAAUUGACCAUUGGUCCAUCAAUCAGACAAAAUCGUACUAAUGACGAUGCUACUUUCGUAAUAACUAAAGCUUAUCCCGAUGUACCUUUACUGCCUCCAGCUCGAGUACCUUUGUGGAUUAUAAUCAUGUCUAUAUUAUUAGGAAUAUUGUUACUAAUUUUGUUAAUUAUUGUAUUGUGGAGGUGUGGUUUCUUUAAACGGCGACUUGGUUACAUGACAGCUCCGGUGGAAGAUAAAGAUUUUGACGAAUAUAAUUAACUUAAAUCAACCAAUUAACUUAAUCAAUUGCUCUUUUAUCCCUCCCUCACUCUCUUUCUCUCUCCACUCUCUUUAAUUGUGUGUAAAUUAUUCACUACCAUCAACUCUCUCUCUCUCCCUCUUCAAAACAAACCAACUUAAUCAAAUCAAUUAUUAAGUUAAUUAUUUUGCAAUUCUAAGAGGUCUGUUGUUUAUUUUUAUAUUGAUUGUCAAAGUUUAUCAAAAUUAAUAAAUUAAUUUAACUCACACA